GUCAAGACUUCUCACAGACAGCCUACAAACUCCAACCAUGCUGAAAGGCCUGGCUCAGGCUGCGUUCAACUUUCCUGUCAUCGACAACCAUGCUCAUCCUCUGUUGAAAUCUGAAUAUAGAGACAAGUUUCCAUUCGAAAGCCUGAUAUCGGAAGCUUCUGGAAACGCACUGACUCAGGAUGCGCCGUAUACUCUUGCUUGCUUUCGAGCAACUGCCCAGCUGGCUCCUCUUCUCGACUUGGACGAGAAUGUCACCUGGGACGACGUCAAGGCCAGGAGGGCAGAGAUCCCAUAUCUUGCACUGUGCAAACGUUUUAUGGUGUCCUGCCAGAUUCAAUGCUUAUUGCUGGACGAUGGUCUCGAAGGCGUUGCAGAAUAUGCCGAAGGACUGGGUUGGCACUCACAUAACUUUGGUGAUACAAGAAGAAUUGUCCGAGUUGAAGUUGAAGCAGAGACUAUCUUAAAGGAGCUUCUCACUCCCCACCUCCAUGAUUUCUUGGACACGUUCACUCAACGUUUGGGGAACCUUCUUGCCAAUCAUGCCAAAAAUCCUCAAGUGGCGGCAUUUAAAUCCAUUGUAUGUUAUCGGAGUGGACUGCAUAUCUCGCCCAAUAAACCAAAUCUCGAUGAUGUUUCGACCUUGUUGUAUUUGCAAGAAACCUUCAUGAAAUAUCAGAAAGAAGGGGUUUUGCGCCUAGACAACAAGGUCCUCAAUGACAUUGUUGUUCAUAUUGCACUCAAUGUUGCUGGAAAGUUCAAUAUACCAGUGCAAUUCCAUACUGGCCUUGGUGACAAUGAUAUCUCUCUGGCCCACUCAUCGCCUGCUUUGAUGCAACCAAUUAUCACUGCCUACCCUUGCACUAAAUUUGUUCUGCUCCAUUCUUCAUAUCCUUACAUGAGAGAUGCAGGUUACAUGGCAUCUGUCUAUGAAAAUGUUUUCUUAGAUUUUGGAGAGGUAUUUCCUUGUGUUUCAGGCCAUGGUCAACGUUCCAUCAUUCAACAAAUUCUGGAGCUUACACCCACCAAUAAACUUCUGUGGUCUACUGAUGGACAUUGGUUUCCAGAGUCUUUUUAUCUGGGAACCUUGCAAGCAAGGCAGGCUCUAUAUGAUGUUCUGUCAGAAAUUGUUGCAAAGGGGGAAUUAAAAGAAACACAAGCUAUUUCAGUUAUCAAAGAUGCUUUUUUUAGUAACUCAAAUAGGUUGUAUAACCUUGGGCUGAAUGAGCCUGAGAUCUAA